UGAAGUUUAGGUGGAAGUUAAGAGAAGGCAGCGCUAAGGAAUGGAUAUUAUGAUUUGUAUAUUUAUGAGCUAAAAUGAGCUUAAACAAGAUUGCUGUCAGGACCAAUAAGGGUGAAUAUGUCGGAGGCGAGAAAGUUUACGGAGCUGUGUACCUCUGGAUAUGCAGUACAGAAGCCUGCCAUGCAGUCAAGCUGAAAUUCAAAGGAUACGAAAAAUGUGAAUGGCAAUACAAAGAGGUAAAAGAAGAGAAUGGAGAGAUGGUAGAAAAAAUAGGGAAAAAAUCUUACAAUAAAACUAAGUUUAGGGCUGAGUUUCGUCUAAUAGAAUAUGAAGGUGGUAUACCAAUGGGAUUCUAUGCAUAUCCUUUCCACUUCUCACUACAACAAGAAUUACCAGCCACAUUCAAAGAUAAUGGUGUACAGGCUGACAAUACAUCCAAAUGGUCAGCAGAAAUACAAUAUUCCGUUACUGCAGAAGUUGAAAUGUCAGGCUCUGGAAAAGUAUUACAGGAAGUGCAGCCAAUAAUUAUCAACAAGAACCUACCCUUGAGUGAUAUACAAGGUGACCCAGUGAGCGACAAGAAGACAGUCAAGAUCUGUUGUUGUAUUCCCAGAGGAGAUGUAUCUCUUAUAGCCAGGUUAGAUAAAAAAGCAUACACUUCAGGCGAAGAUGCAAAAUUGAUUCUAGAAACUAAAAAUAACUCAGGUGUUGACAUUGAUGCUAUGAAUGUAAAGGUGAUGAGAGUAGUUACCCUCUCACCCAGAGACAAAUGUGACUCUUCUGGUAGCCAAGAAGAAAAUACUUCAACAACACUUGUUAAAAGCCCUUUUAUCCCAAAUAUCAUGUUGACUGUCACACAAGAAGGAUGCUUAAGCAAGGCUAACAAAAACAGUGAAAUACUUCUGUCACUAAAGAAAGAUUCAGGUGAAGAAUUUCAGCCAUCAACAGAAGGUGAAUUUGUUAAGUGCAUAUAUCACAUUGACGCUGGUAUGGAAAUCAAAUAUGCUAUAUCUGUGGAUGUUCUACUACCUUUAACAAUCCAAGCACCAAAGAAUAAAGCUUGGCAUAGGUGGGAGCCUCCAUCAUGGCUGUACAACUGUCAUGUUGUCAACAUCAGAGGACCAUUUGCAGUACCUGAACAACAACUUGGAUCAAAUAUUUUUGCUAAUGUCCCAGGAUUCCAAACUGAUCCAUUCAGUUGAGCUGACAUAGUUAAGUCAAAAAGAGGUUUAAUACGAAAAGCUUGCAGCAUGUUUCACACUAGUGGUAUGACACUAACACAAUAUGUAAUAUAUACAAUAUGAGUGGCCGUGUUGUAUCAGAUAUACAAACUGAGGUGUAGCCAAACGUUUGUAUAUCGGAUACAACACGGACAUGCGAAUACUGUAUAUUACUCAUCAAA